AAAAACGCCUGCACAGCUUUGCUCUGUUAUGGCAGGGAGGGCUCAGAUCUCUUGCCAAAGAGUUCUCCCAACUCACUGUGAAAUUGGUGUAUGAAUGGCGUUACAUUUCUCUGGAUGAAGCUAGAGUGUGUGUUUCUGAGCUUAAUUUCUGGGAUUUCUCAAGCUGUUCAAGUCUCGGGCAGCUAUGUGCUUUAAUAUUUUUCACCGGCAGGAUUAUGUGAGAAGUUCAAUGUCAUCCCAGGUUAAUCUCUCAUGAAGACAUCUUUGGAUACGCUGGAGGAAAAGUUUAGAGUGUGCGCUAUUAUUUUAUGAUAAUGCCACGACAUUUUUAGCACAUCCAUGCUCAGAAGAUGCACUCUGGAUCUGUCUAUCGAGGAUUUUUUUUUUCAGUCCCGGGCUGUUUUCAUCCGGUGCCACCUACAAAGCCGGUUCCUCACUCUCACUCUCGCUCAGCAGAGAUUCAGAGAGGUGGAGAGCAAGACUUCCACGGGGGGAGAGAGUGGAAAAGCAAAACUGAAAUUCAUCCUUUCUCCCCUUUAAAGAGAGUCAAACAGGGAAAAGCUCGCUGCACACUGUGUUUCCAGAUGGAGAGGAAGCAAGGAGAAGUGGACCACCUGGAGCGACCAAGCCCCCUGACUGACAAGGAGAAGGUGUCGAUCCAGGACUCGUGGGCUAAAGUCUACCAGAACUGCGAUGAUGUUGGGGUGGCCAUACUCGUCAGGCUGUUUGUGAACUUCCCCUCGUCCAAGCAGUUCUUCAGCCAGUUCAAGCACAUUGAGGACAUGGAGGAGUUGGAGCAGAGCUCCCAGCUCAGGAAGCACGCUCGCAGGGUCAUGAGUGCAAUAAAUACAUUGGUGGAGAGCCUUGACAACUCCGAUAAGGUGUCCUCCGUGCUGAAAACGGUGGGGAAGGCCCAUGCCCUCCGACACAAGGUGGAUCCUGUGUACUUCAAGAUUCUGAGCGGAGUGAUUCUGGAAGUCCUGGGAGAAGAGUAUCCAGAGGUGGUGACACCAGAGGUGGGCUCAGCGUGGACCAAACUAUUGGCUACAGUCUGUAGCAGUAUCAAAGCCGUCUAUGAGGAGGUGGGCUGGACGCAGCUCUCAAACUCCACCGGCUGAAGCUUUCAGCCGUGGGCCUCCCACGCAGGGAUGUUUUUGAGUUUUCUGCAUUCUCAUGAGUCAAGAAUCAGUUGACUGUAAUCUGGGAAUACAGUUUGGUGUAACCCGUGAUAAUCAUGGACUAUGGAGUACAUAUAAAUAUAUAUGAUAUAAACAACAAUGGGAACAAGAACUGUACCCUUUUUGUGGCUAACAGUGUGCUUAUGAGGGAAAAUAUGUACAAAUAAAGAGUAAAAUAAAACGACCUUCCUUGCAAAUGUUCCCCUGUAAAUAACUAACCCAUUUCACAGAUAAAGCAAAGACGAAUAAAAAGCAAACGCUGGCCCAACAGUGGAUGAGAAGUCACAUCUGACCUUAGUGUGCCUUCUGCUGAAUGUGUACAUGUGGAGCGUGGAAUAUAAACGGCAUUCUCUCUAAAUAUUUAGAAUGUUUUUAAGAAAUUUCCUGUUAUUCGUCUCUAUACACUUGUUUACUUUGUUAGAUAUUAUGAUUGCUAGGACAUUUCUACAUUUUUUAACACUCGACGAUUGUACUUUUUUUUCAUUACACCAUUUUUAUCUGUAACUGAAUAUACUUUG